AAACCUCAAAAUCUCCAAUUCUAUGCCGCUGCUCUAAUUUUGUUUUGGUUUUUUUUAUUUCUGCAAAGUUAGGUAUUUUCAAAAUCUGGUCCAUUUUCAGCAAUGUGAGGGUUUUCUUUUCGAGCAGUGCCAGAGAGAAAGUGUGAUAGAGUGAGUGACAAAUUUGGACCUCUGUGUGGAAGAAAUUGAAUAAUUGUGGAGUGACGUGAAAGCAUUUGACCCAUUCGCCGAUUUAUAUUUUUUGUAAUUACUUAAAAUGGCCAUAUUUGGAAUUCAGCUAGCCUUUUCCAUGAUAGUGGCAAGUAUCAUUUCGAAAUUGGGAGGAACACUGUCCCUAGCUCGAUACUUGUUGUGCAAUACUGGGCUUAUCCGUUACCUACACCCUACAGAUACGGAGCUUCGAGAAAUGGCAGGUGUACCAAAAGACAUGUCUGGGGGUGGAAAAGGGAAGGGCAAGAAAGGGAAUAAGGAUGACUAUAAAAGUCCAAACACGUUUCACGUUCCAAAAAAUUUGGACAUUACUUUAGAAACAGUAAAAGUGACACCCGUAGAAGUGAUUCAUUUACGAUUUUAUUCAGAAUAUCACUGGGUUUUGGAUUAUACAGUGUACGCCACAUUACUUUACAUAGUCACUGAGAUUUACUACGCUUUCUUUAAUGUCCCACAAGACGAAAUGAACUUGUCGGUAUAUUGGUGUUUCUUGUCAUUAGGCCUUUGCCUCAAAGUUUUGUGUUCUGUGACGGCCGUAUAUUUUCGUGGGGACGAAGUGAUGGGAGAACGAGCCAUGUGUAUGGUGAUGGGGGGAAUUUAUCUACUCGUGGCCAUGAUUAUUCUUAUCAUUGAUGAGAGCAACUUGGAAGUGGGAGUGGACCCAGCAUAUAAAAGCUUUCACGAUCACGCCUCCGCGUUUUUACAGGCACAAGGACUUCCAACAGCUGGUCCAGCCUCCAAGCUUCUCAUCAAGUUUACAGCAGCCGUGGCAGGUGGAAUGCUCGGAGUUUUAUUCACCUUUCCUGGAAUCAGGAUGAGCAGAAUGUUUUACGAUAGUUUAAAGUACUGCGAAGGCCGUCCAUUUAUUAAACUGCUGCUCAACUUAUCAUUUGUGUCGCCCUUGAUCGUGGUAGCUAUGUGGAUUCGUCCUAUUGGUCGUGACUUAUUUACAAAUUCCUUUGGCCGUUCUCCAGCUUUAAUGACUGAGGAGCAAUUUGAAACUUUCCGACUUGUGCUUGUUGUGUUGAUGGUAGUUUUACGCGUAGCCAUGAUGCCUUACUUUCUCCAAGCGUUCCUCAACAUUGCACAAGAUAGACUGACUGAACUGCACAAAGAGGCUGGACGCAUUUUGAAUAUUGACCUCCAGAAAAAGGUUGCCGGUGUGUACUACUACCUCUGCAUCGUGGCAUUGCAGUACAUAACGCCGAUUCUGAUUGUCCUUCAUUGUACCUUCCUUUAUAAAACUUUAGGAGGAGGUGGAUCGUGGAACGGUUCCGUGAAAGCUGCCGACUUUGGUGCAAAUGGAACCUCCCCCAUUUUCUCUUCCGUGAUGCCAGAUACAGAUGACGUGAAAUAUGCUGCCGAGCAUUUUUCUGUAGCUUUAUCAUCACUCAAAGUUGUGUUCAGUCCUGUCGUGUUUCGAGGAAUAUUUGGGUUUCUUUCGUGGUGGUGUAAUUUCCUUCUCUUGGCUUCGAGUGCAGUAGGAGCAGGGUAUUUGUCAUACCUCUCACACGCCUAAUUAUGCACAGGACGGCUUGGAUAGAAUAAUCACAAAAUUUUUCUAUGCAAUGACAAACCAUACAUACGAACCAUCCAAACGUUUACGAAAUAUUUAGUUGACAAAGGAAGAUUUCCAAAGAAAGACAAUGAAUAUAGUUUUAGAUGACACCUUGAUUGAUAAAACUCUGUGUUUACCUCAAGCGACCAAACUAAUUCUGUAGACAGUAGUUCGUGUCGGGAAAAAAAGUAUUCAGGCAGCUUUCGCCGUGUCCUUCCUUAAAUACAUAGAUCUCAUUGAGCCAAGGUAAAAUUGAUCUGGUUAGCAGUAGUAUUAAUAUACAUACAUGUGUAAAAAGGCCUUUUCCAUUACUCAAUAACUUCAACUGAUGCCUAUAUUUAAAAAAUAUGCUGAUUUGGUCAGUUACUCUGUUCUAAUUACAUGCCCAGGACUGGUUUGCAUCUGUCGUGUAAUGACUGCAAUGACAAUAUAUUCUCCUUCAAUAAUUUUGACCGUGCUCAAUUCCCAUCCCUUCUCCAAACCCAUGCAGCAUGACUGCUAUUUGGCUAAUAUGGUGAUAAUGGGGCGCAAGAAGAAGUGUCUAAUCUUUCUCAAGUCACUCUCCAACUGUCGCGUUUAUUUUUCCCGUUCCAAAGAAUUAUACUUCUUUUUCAGACUGUUGACGUGGUGUUUAUGAUAAUAAUAAUAUGGCUUAAUGGGGUGCAUUAUACAGAAGAUGAGUGUGCAGUUUUCUUUAUUCUUGACAUUUUGAUUUCAACUGUUGACUUUUUUGGGAUCCGAGUUCUUCUGUGUUUGUAUCAUGAUUCUUGAUUUAUAUCCCGGUGAUGAUUUCAAUAGCCUAAACUCAAAGUCUUCCUACGGGUGACAUAUGGAAGUGAUUGCUGGCAUUGUUCACUCUUAAAAUAUAGCAUUUGUUUGGUUAAUCUACUUAUGUUUUAAUUGUGCUAUAUUGUUUAAAAUGUUUGCUGUUGGGAUUUUGCAUUUUACAAAGCCUUGCUACUUAUGUACUAGUCUACCCUCUUACAUUGUGUAGCAUGCACUAACAUUUACCCCAAUUAAAGAGUAAAUUAUCCUCUUAUUAUCAAGGCCAAAUUAUCAUGAUUACCAAAACCGCCAGACAAAUCUUGUAGCGUAGAAUAGUUUAACAAAAUAGAGAAAUAUGGAUGUAAAAACCACAAGAAAUUAAAAAUAUUUACCUACCAGGAAAUAAGUAGAUAAUUACUUACACAAACUGUUAUAAUUUUAAAUUUUCAGUUAUCAAAUAAAGAAUGAAUGGCAAGUAAC